AUUGGGAUUCAUUCACUCCUCAUUCAAUAGCAAUCUUGACAGCAAUGACGAUCGAGUUUUACGAAUUGGUCGCUCAGGACGGGCGCGCGUUUUCGCCGCUGUGCUGGCCGGCGCGACUCGCCCUUGCUCACAAAGACAUCCAUCCCAAUGUGAUUGCUUGCCGCUUCUCGGAGGUCGACGCCAAGAUUGCCUUCACCGGGCAGAACGUUCUGCCUGUACUCGUCGAUGGCGCAGACACCGUCCUGGAUGCAUGGACGAUUGCCGAACAUCUCGACACCAAAUACCCGAAUUCCGGGUUGGGACUGCUGUUCCCUACAAGCGAAGCCAAAGAAACUGCACGCCGAUUCAACCAGCACAUCCAAGCCAAUAACUCGUGCAUUCUCCAUGUGAUUGCCAGCGACAUUGCUCGCCUGCAGAGCGACGAGGAUCGCGCGGUUUUCAUCCAGAAGCGAGCGCGCCACUGGAACAACCUGAGCGUGGAAGAAUUCACGAGCCAGCAUCGAUCCAAUCCAGCAUCUCGCCCUGCCAUCAACGCCUUUUUGCAGCCCUUCCGCGACCAGCUUGGUAGCAAAAAGUUCAUGCUUGGAGAUGCACCAACAUACGCCGACUACUUGGUGGCAAGUCAGUUCAUUUGGGCAUGCACCGUUAGCCCGUAUAUUUUGAUUGGCGAAGACGACGUUCUGUUCCAAUGGCGCGAGCGAGUGUUUGACUUGUUUGGCGACCUUGUUCGCAACAACCCAGCGUACCCUCUCAUUCCGUGUUAAUCCGUGAUCUGUACUCGGGCAAGAUCGAAGCCGGAGCAAGGAUUGCAGGAACCAGAGUUCAAGCCUGAAGAAACAAUGUUUGAUUUUGUUUGCACGGCAAGUCUGCCGAUGAUUCUCCCUAUGCUUUUUGUUCCUUGUCCAUACACUGUCUCUGAGCAUCGCAGCC